AAGAGAAAACACUCGGUUUUGGUUCAUGCUCUUUUCGACGAAGAGGUCCUCUCGAUUCAGAUCAUCCACAACACAAGGCAACGAAAAACAACACAAACUCUCUCUACCAAAUCCAUAGUAACCCACGUCAAAUCUUCACGAAUCACACCGACCCAUUUCCUAUUCACAUCCCAAAUCGUAAAGCACCAUUUUUUAUCCAUCUUCACCGAUCGCUCUAGCUACCCACAGGUUAAUGCAGGUGAUGAUUGUGAGGAAAUGGACGUAAAUUUUGGUGGUGCACGCGUAGCAUGCAGGGGGUGAAGGUAGAUACGUGGUGAAAGAACUAGAAGUGAGGGUUAGCGAUGUCGAAUCAGGUGGUGAGAGUGAGAAGGGACACGAUUGCAGCAUGCAUGACUUGCCCACUCUGCAACAAGUUGUUCAGAGAAGCUACCACCAUAUCCGAAUGUCUUCACACGUUUUGCAGGAAGUGCAUUUAUGAUAAAAUUACAGAUGAGGAAUUAGAAUCCUGUCCAAUAUGCAACAUUGAUUUGGGUUGUGUUCCGCUCGAGAAAUUGAGGCCAGACCACAGUUUGCAAGAUGUAAGGGCCAAAGUUUUCCCUCUAAAGGGAAGAAAGGUGAAGGCACCUGAAGUUGUCACCUCAGUACCAUUGCCAGCUAGAAGAAAGGAGAGAUCUCUUUCAUCUUUGGUAGUCAGCACUCCAAGGGUAUCUUCACAGGCAACCAUGACAGGAAGAAGAACAAAACCUACAAGAAAGGCUAGUGGUCUGCGGACCACUACUUUUUCCAUUGAAAAGCCCAUUAAAAAAGAGGAAGAAUUGCUGGAAGAUCAUCCUGAGAGUUCGAGCUCACCUGAUACUUCAAAUAAGUUUGCUCAGAAUUCUGGACAGAGUUUGUCCCCUCAUGAGGGUAGUCAAUCUGCACCCAAUAAAGGAUCAGAGAAUGGUGCUGAACCAGGGGAUGCAAAACUGGAUCUUUGGAAACCAUUGAAUUGUUUAGUAGAGGUUGCAAGUAGGAGUAAAUCUUUUAAGUCUAAUGUGCAAGGUUCUGAUGCCAAACUGGAAACCAUUCAAGUCAAUGAGAGUGACUCUCAAGUGCAGAAACCCAAAAUUAAGGAAAAUAAACGCAAGGCAAAAAUUGAGGAUGAAAAGAUUGGCCCUUAUCCUGUCUCUUCAGAUACAGCAAAACCCAAUAAAUUGCGCAGAAUACGCAAAAAAAAGGAGCCUGCUUUUGGAGAAUCUGGCAUAUCACCCCAAGCUGUGCUCGAUUCUACCAGCAAUAGAAUCUUAAGGACUAGUCCGAUUUGGUUCUCCUUGGUAGCUUCUGAAAACCAGGAAGGAGAUGCACCCUUGCCCCAAAUUCCAGCAAGUUAUGUGAGAAUAAAGGAUGGUAGCGUGCCUGUCUCAUUUAUCCAAAAAUACCUAAUGAAGAAACUAGAUUUGACCAGUGAAACAGAGGCCCAAGUUAAUGUUGUCUGCUGUAUCAAAACAUUCACAAUUGGAUUGUCCUGAAAGCAUUCUGCUUGUCAUGCUUGCAUUAUUCAAAGAUAAAAAGCAAGCCCCUUUUAUGGCAACUUCAACUGCACCACACUUCUACAUAGUACAUGUGUGUUUGGAUUCACGUUAAAACUUUGUAAACAUGGAUCUAACAGAAAAGUUUCAAAUAGAAAUGUCAAAGUAAACAUGGAUUCAUAACUAUUGAAAUGUGAAUCCAAACAAGCACAGAUCUUGAAGUUGAAUAACCUCACCCUUUUCAUGAUUUUUUUUUUUCUGUGUAGACGAGGGAUGGUAUCAUUUUUUUCUCUCUCUCUGGGUUCUACUGCCAGUUUACACAUUUCCUCACUCUUAAUUGAUUUUUCAGGUUGAGAUUAAAUGUAUGGGACAACCAGUGCUCCCUACACUGCGGUUACAUAAUUUGGUUGAGUUGUGGCUGGAAACGGCAUCCACAUCACAGCGAAUCCCAGCAACUAUUGGGUCCUCAGCAAAGGAUUUUGUGAUGGUCCUGGCUUAUGCUCGCAAGGUUCCACACCCUUGAUCAUGGUUCCCCAUUCAUGCUUUUAAUGCACCUUGAAAAUCUUCAUCAUAGCAUAGUCACUCACCCAUCUCCAUGUUGUGCUUAACAUGCGUUCUUGUGUCACCAAGCUGCCCAAAGCAACAUAAUCUUGGAGCAUAAGAUAGGCCAAAUAAAUUAUAAAGAAAUUUCAUCUCCAUAAAUCAUACCCUUCUGUCAUUAGUGUAGAGAAUCCUGAUCUGGUAGUCAUUGUAAUGUUCAUUACACCCUGAUUUUUCAAGACCAUUUUUCUCUUUCUUUUUUUAAAAUUUGCUUAUUCCAAUAAUUUGGAGUGCACAUGUGACUUAGUUAUAAGAAGCUUAAGGCCACCUUGCCUGUUUAGAAGAGAUAAUUUGUUGAGAAUUUGACAUUUUAAUGAAGAGGAUUUUUUUUUU